CUGCACACAUGAGUAUGUUACUGUAGGGUUGCAUAUGAGAAUCCAAGUGUAGAUGCAAAUGUGAAUUUCCACUCAUGCAAAGGUUGUGUGGGAAGAUUUUGUGGGUGCAUUUCAAAGGCCUCUUAUCCACUCCAGGGGGUUAGUUUCCCUGCCUUGACAGCUGCUGUCAGGGCAGCUUUUUAAUUAUCCAUGUGGAUGGUGCUGGCUUCUUCAAGGGCACCUCUGAGCCUCCAGGGCCCUUGUUAUACUCAGCAGGGAGAGGUGAGAGCUGAGCUAGGGCAGGCGCUGAUGGCCAAUCUGGACUAUAGCAAGGCAUCUCGGCUCAGUGCCUGGGGAAGGAGCCAGGCUAUGUGCACAGGGCAGUAGCUGGCCUGUGGGAAAAGCAGCCUCUUUACUGUCCCAGGUAAAAGCUGAUCUGAAAAGAACCUAGCAUUAAAAUUAGCCUGCUAACGCUCUCUGGACUCAGCAAAAGAGGUUCUCCUAUUUAAAUUCCACUGCAACAUUAGCCAAUUUGAAAAAUGUUGUAGCCAAUCUAGUUUGUUAGAUUUAAAAUCUAAUUGGCCCACUGGCAAAUUCAUAAAAUAGCCCCACAUCGACACUUAUAGCUGUGGCUUAUGCUGGGCAUUUCUGACCUCAUAGUGUGCUUGUUAGGACAAUGGCCUUUGCCUAGAAUCCCACCAUGUGCAGCAAUUUCAUCGCUACUAUUAUUAAUUAAAUUGUAAUGGGCUUCUUCUCCCCCAGUGGCUGGGCUGCAAGGGGUUGUGGUGCGCGAGAGAGGCUGAGGGAAUGGGAAACUGAAACAAAGGGUUCUUAUGGCUGGUGGUGCUGUCCAACACCAGCUCCAGGGGAUUCACGGCACAGCCUGAGCCAGAGAGGAUGCUGCUCCAGAGACAGCGUCUGCUGUUACCAUCCUGUCUACACAUCAGACAGUUCCCCACCUGCCCAGCCCAGCUCCCCAGCAGCUGUGAGCACUGCCGUAGUAGUAACAUCUGGCCACCAAUCAGUGCCCCGCAACCAGCUUGGAUGGGGAAGAGGGCAAAUUGUAGGAUAUGAGCUGUAGGGUGCUGGGGAAUUCCCUGGACGCACCUCAGCUUCCAUGGGCUCUGAUACAAAUAGCCCCGAAGCCCGGCGCAGGGGGAUAUGAUAGGCCAAGGGGGUGAGUGAGCAAGGGAACCCCACUCCCCAUGGUGCCACCCGGAGGCUAAGUACCCAGGCAUGCUCCCCCCUCCACCCGUCACACCAGCUGUGUCCAACCCAGCUGCUGCCAGGGGCUGCUGGAGCCGAUAUGUAAGUGAGCCCUGCCCUCUGCUGGCCUCGCGGUGCAGGGAAGCCAUGCCAAUCCGGCCGGAUACACACUAUCGAGAUGCCCAAGGCACGAUGCCUGGUGCUCAUCUCCCCCAGCGCCAGGCCCCAGCGCCAGGCAAGAUGACCCGGCUGGACUCCAUGCACUCACUCCAGCAUCAAACGGGCGUGAGACCAGAACCAGGCCAGGGUUCCCCCGUCCAACUGGGGUUUCCAAUCCAACCGGUGCUCUGUGCUGGAUGCUGAGCACCAUGUGCUGGCCUGGUGCUGCGGCCCUGCUGCUCUGGGCAGGGCUGGUCCUGGCCCAGGACUACCCAUUCCGGGACCCCACCCUGCCCUGGGAGCAGCGGCUGGACGACCUCAUCGGGCGGCUCACCCUGGGGGAGCUGGUGCUGCAGAUGGCAAGAGGUGGCGCUAAGUACAACGGGCCAGCACCCCCCAUCGAGCGGCUGGGGAUCAAGCCCUACAACUGGAACACCGAGUGCCUGAGGGGGGAUGGGGAAGCCCCUGGCUGGGCCACGGCCUUUCCCCAAGCGCUGGGCUUGGCCGCCUCCUUCAGCCCCGAGCUCAUCCGCCGCGUGGCCAACGCCACUGCCACGGAAGUGAGAGCCAAGCACAACUUCUUCAUGUCCACGGGCAACUACGGCGACCACACAGGUCUCAGCUGCUUCAGCCCGGUGCUGAACAUCAUGAGACACCCGCUGUGGGGCAGGAACCAGGAGACGUACGGCGAAGACCCGUUCCUGAGCUCAGAGCUGGCUGUGGCAUUCGUGCAGGGGCUGCAGGGCGACCACCCCCGUUACGUCAAGGCCAGCGCCGGCUGCAAGCACUUCAGCGUGCACGGGGGGCCCGAGAACGUGCCCGUCUCCAGACUCAGCUUUGAUGCCAAGGUGCAAGAGCGGGACUGGAGAAUGACCUUCCUGCCCCAGUUCCGGGCCUGUGUGCACGCUGGCUCCUACAGCAUCAUGUGCAGCUACAACAGGAUCAACGGUGUGCCCGCCUGCGCCAACAAGAAGCUUCUGACAGACAUCCUGCGGGCAGAGUGGGGCUUCCAGGGCUACGUAGUGAGCGACGAGGGGGCCAUGGAGUUGAUCAUGCUGGCCCAUCGCUACACACACAGCUUCCUGGAGACGGCCAUCGCCUCAGUGAACGCUGGCUGCAACCUGGAGCUGUCCUUCAGCCUGACGGAGAAUGUCUUCAUGAGCGUCAGCGAGGCUGUGGCCAAGGGCAACAUCACUCUGGAGACGGUAAGGGCCCGGGUCCGGCCACUCUUCUACACACGCCUACGGCUGGGGGAGUUCGACCCCCCUGCCCUGAACCCCUACAGCGCCCUCGACCUGAGCGCCGUGCAGAGCCCCGCCCACAGGACCCUCGCCGUGGAGGCCGCUGUCAAGAGCUUUGUGCUGCUGAAGAACGAGAGGGGGACGCUGCCCCUCAGCGCCCAGGCCCUUGCCGGCAAGCGCAUCGCGGUGGUUGGUCCCUUUGCCGACAACCCCAGGGUGCUGUUUGGGGACUAUGCACCCAUCCCGGACCCCCAGUACAUCUACACCCCCAGGAGGGGCCUGGAGACCCUGCCGGCCAAGAUCACCUUCGCCGCAGGCUGCAGCGAGCCCAAGUGCCAGCGCUACUCACCGAGCGAGGUGGAGGGAGCGGUCCGGGCAGCCGACGUCAUCGUGGUGUGCUUGGGCACAGGGACUGACCUGGAGACAGAGGCGAACGACCGAUGGGACCUGUCCCUGCCCGGGCACCAGCAGGAGCUGCUGCAGGACGCCGUGGCCGGGGCUGCUGGGCGCCCCAUCAUCCUGCUGCUGUUCAACGCGGGGCCGCUGGACGUGGGCUGGGCCCAGGCCCAUCACGGAGUGGGCGCCAUCCUGGCGUGCUUCUUCCCAGCACAGGUUGCAGGCAUCGCCAUUAGCAAGGUGCUGCUGGGGGCGGAGGGGGCCAGCCCGGCGGGCAGGCUCCCAGCCACCUGGCCAGCUGGCAUGGACCAGGUGCCAGCCAUGGAGAAUUACACCAUGGAGGGGCGCACAUACCGGUAUUAUGGGCCAGAGGCCCCGCUCUACCCCUUCGGCUAUGGACUGUCCUACACCACCUUUCUCUACCGGGACCUGGUCUUGAGCCCCACAGCGCUGCCCCUCUGCGCCAACCUCAGCGUCUCCGUGGUGGUGGAGAACACUGGGCAGAGGGAUGGCGAAGAGGUGGUGCAGCUGUACCUGCGUUGGGCUCAACCCUCCGUGCCGGUGCCCCGCUGGCAGCUGGUCGGAUUCCGCCGGGUGCCCAUUGCCGCAGGUCGGGCGGCGAAGCUGCUGUUCCUGGUGACCUACGUGCAGCGUGCCGUCUGGGCCGAGCAGUGGCUGCUGGAGCCAGGCGCCUUCACGCUCUUUGUGGGCGGACAGCAGCCGGGCCAGGAGACACGUGCCAGCUCCGAGGUCCUGCGGGCGGAGUUCACUGUGACUGGCACCUCCCGACCCCUGAACCACUGCUAGGGGCAGGGACUGGAAUGGCAACUGCUGCACCAGGGCUCUGGAUGCUCCAUGUACCGGGAUCUGCAGGGGGCUAGCAUGUGGCAAUAUGUGUUGGGAUUGGGAUCUGGCCUAGCACCCGGCUGGCAGUACCAGGAAGUGGGGGCACAUGGCUGUCUGUGUCAGGGUUGUGAGGGCCGGCCUGACACCUGGCUGGCUGUACUAGGGGGGCCGCGCCGGCCCCUGGCUGGCCAUACUGGGGGGGGCUGGGCCAGCACUUGGCUGGCUGUACUGGGGAUAAUGGGAGCUCAUUCACUUGUUGCACAAUAAACUUUGCCCAGCAUUGACCCCUAUGGAAGCUGCAGCUGGAAAUGGGGGUGCUGAGGGACUGGGCUCCCCCAUCUUUCUCCGCCUGCCCGUGCCAGGGCCUGGCAGCGCUGUUCCCCACCCGCAGCCAUGCACUGCAGGCCAGCAGGGGGCGCUGGAGCCAUGGCAAGGGUUGGGGGGGUCGUGGCAGGAUUGCAUGGGCCAUGUGGCCACAUUGCGGUGAGAACUGAGCCCAAGGAGGGGGGCACCUGGGUGCUGGUCGAACCCCUGCUUUGUAGGAGCUUCCCCCCAGACCAGAGGGGUGCUCAGGAGCAGCCCUCCUUGCUUCUCAGACAGGCCCCCUCCCCCAGACAGCACCCCCAAGGGCGCCGCGUCUUCCCCACUGUGCCCAGGCGACGGGAGUAGCACAAAGCUCCUGGCACCGGGGUGGGGCACGCCAAACCGCCCUGCCACCGGGCACCCUCCUCCCAGCUGUUGUGCAGCCCUGUCUCCACUAGGUGGCGCCCCCCCUUCCUUACAGCCCAGCCAGGCUCUGGCCAAGUGCAGGGAGGGGCUUUGAACUUGGGGCUGAGCAGGGCGAGAAGCCAGCCCUGGGCUGGCAUCUGCCAGGGGCAUUGCUCCAUCUGGGCUGGUCUGUCUCCAGCACCCAUCCCCGUGGGCUCUGCCUGGAUCACCGAGCUCUGUUGCAGCACCAGUCAUGACCCCCAGACUCCCCCACGGACAGGGCAUCCCGGGCACAGAGAGUGACUCACCGAUGUGCCCAGCGAGUGACCCUGCUGUGGGCAAUGCCCUGGGGCAGGAGCUUGGCCGAGCGCGCAGCCCUGCCACCUCCUGGCCCAACGGCUAUGGGUCAGCCAGGACCCUGCUGCCGCAGUGCCACUUGUCAGGAGGGACCUGGAGCCCAGCUCCCUCCUGCCCAGCCUGGCACAGGAGGGGAUGAUCCCAGCCCACAUCCCCUCCCCUCCAGCAGCCUGCAGGGGCCAAGCCAGCACCUGCUGCCUCCCCCGGGCCCCUUCCAGCAGCCAGGGCUUUUCCUGCUGAGCCCCGUCCCGCUCUGGGGCCCGUGCGUCUGCCAGGGGCAGCUUGGUUUCCGGAUAGCACUUGCCCCUGGUCCAACGGAGUUAAACAGGGGCCGUCUGCGCCAUUGUGCCCUUGCCAUGCUGUGCUAGGGGUGGGUGGGGCAGGAGCGGUUCCCCUGGGCAGCCCCCGCCUGUCUGGCUGAGUAGAGGGGCACUGGCAGGCUCCCUGGUCCCACCAGCGCAGGGGCUGGCUGGCUCAGGGCCCGGGGCAAGGAGCUGUUCCUGCCCGGGUGAGCCCUGCAGGCCAGCCCAGGGCAGCAGGGGGAACCAAGAGCUGGCCGCAGUGCCCUGUGUGAAAUGAGUUACCAGGCUCAGUCCGGCCCCAGGGGACACAUGGGAGAGGGCUG